AUGGCUACCACUGCUGCUUCUCUGAGCUCCCAUGGAAUUGAGCCGGCUGUUCCCGCUCCCGUCGCCAACAACGCGAGUCCGCUCUUAGACACUUCGGUGCAGGCGCUUAGCUCCAGUUCUGCCAUCUUCUCCUUUGAGCCCCAUAUCAAAGCACCCUUUGAUGCCAUUCGACGUCUGUUUGAUCAUCUUCGAGCCAAUCCUGAGAAUGCAUCUUCUCUCAAUGCUGCGUAUCCCAAGCGGGGCAUCUUCAAGACAGCUGCGAUGGAAAAUGCCAUUUCUGACCAGAAGUUCACCAUUGAUCUGUCGCCCGCCCGCAAUGGCCGCAUUCCAGAGGCCUUGCGGGAGAGACUGGCCGGUGAUGGAUUCAACGAGGUCCUGGACUUCUUUGAAGAGGUCAACAGCACCUACGUCGUUCAAAUCAUGAACAUUAUGCAUGAGUUCAUCGGUACUGAUCUCGGACAAGUCCACAAGACUGGCAACCUCAACUACCGUCUGUGUGACUACAACACGGAUACUGCCGACCCGACUAGUGACAACGGAUGCGGCGCCCAUACAGACUAUGGCACCUUUACCAUCAUCUUCCAGGACGGAACAUCGGGGCUCGAAAUUGAAGAUGCCGAGCAGCCCGGUCUUUGGGUACCUGUUCCUGGCGAUGCAACGGUUGUCCUUGCCGGUUGGUGCGCUGUGAUCCUAAGUGGAGGCAAUAUCCGAGCAACCCGUCAUCGAGUCAGAAGAACUCCUGGUAUUCGAAGACUCAGUGCUGUUCUCUUCGUUGCCCCAGAUGUUGAGGCCACUCUUCGACCUCUCGAAGGUGUCAAGGUUGUUCGCCCGUUCACUAAGAAGGUCAUUGAUGGGCAGUUGGAUGUUGGGGAGUUCAAAGAGGUCAUGGGCAAGAAGUGGAGACGUCGUGAGGGCAAUGAGAAGUCUGAUGACGGAGAUGACACGGAAACACAGGACAGUGAGAUCGAAAGAUUCAUCUGGGCCUGA